AUCAGAGCAGACUGCUGGAAAGAUGAGAUGGCAUGCCGAGCAUACUCAGACGGAUGGUGAGAUGACACAUCCAUCAGAUGCAAGAGCCUGGAAACAUUUUAACAAAGUAUAUCCGGAAUUCGCUAGCAAUAUCCGGAAUGUGUAUCUCGGAUUAUGCACAGAUGGAUUUAGUCCAUUCGGAAUGUCAGGGAGACAAUAUUCAUUGUGGCCAGUCUUUCUUACGCCAUACAACCUGCCACCGGAGAUGUGCAUGCAACGGGAGUUGCUAUUCUUGACCAUAUUAAUACCUGGUCCAAAACAUCCUAAAAGGUCGCUGGAUGUUUUCCUGCAACCACUGAUAAAAGAGUUGAAGGAUUUGUGGUCAACAGGGGAGAGGACGUAUGACUGCUCAACGAAGACGAAUUUCACUAUGCGAGCGAUGCUUUUGUGGACCAUAAGUGACUUUCCUGCCUAUGGGAUGUUGUCGGGAUGGACUACACAUGGGAGAUUAGCUUGUCCAUAUUGUAAUGGAGCGACAGAUGCGUUUCAACUGAAGAAUGGGAGGAAGACAAGUUGGUUCGAUUGUCAUCGUAGAUUUCUUCCCAUUGGCCAUCCGUACCGAAGAAACAAGACAUUGUUUAGGCACAAAAGGGUUGUGAGAGACACUCCUCCUCCAUAUUUAACUGGAGAAGAAACUGAAAAGCAACUCGAUUACUAUGGAGCUUUGGAAACAGUUCCUCGUGGUGGUAAUUGGCAUGUUCCCCCUAAUAUGCCUGAUUCUUACGGUGUUCAUCACAACUGGCACAAGAAGAGUAUAUUUUGGGAGUUGCCAUAUUGGAAGGAUCUUCUUCUGCGCCACAACCUCGAUGUGAUGCAUAUAGAGAAGAAUUUCUUUGAGAACAUCAUGAAUACAAUAUUGAAUGUCCCGGGGAAGACAAAAGACAACAUAAAAUCGAGGUUAGACUUGCCGGAUAUUUGCUCAAGAAGCGAGUUACAUAUAAACAGCAAUGGGCAAGUUCCUGUUCCGAUAUUCAGAUUGUCUUCAGAAAAAAAGUCGGUGUUGUUCAACUGGGUAGCAUCAGAAGUGAAAUUCCCCGAUGGGUAUGUUUCAAAUCUGUCUAGAUGCGUUGAAAAGGGUCAAAAGUUCUCCGGGAUGAAGAGUCAUGACUGUCAUGUCUUUAUGCAACGACUACUUCCCUUUGCUUUUGCGGAGCUACUUCCUACAAACGUACAUGAAGCACUUGCAGGCAUUGGAGCAUUUUUCAGGGAUCUGAGCACCCGCACCCUUAAAGUAGAAGUCGUGGAACAGCUUCAAGAGAACAUUCCCAUCUUAUUGUGCAACUUGGAGAAGAUAUUUCCUCCUGGGUUUUUUGACGUAAUGGAGCAUCUAGCUGUCCACCUUCCAUAUGAGGCAUUGCUUCGUGGACCUGUACAUUACGGAUGGAUGUAUCAGUAUGAGCGAGCCAUGAAAUAUUUGAAGGGAAAAGCAAAGAACCUUGCAAAGGUUGAAGGUUCUAUAAUUGCUGGAAGUUUGACGGACGAAACUUCUCACUUCACAUCGUACUACUUUGCGUCAAAAGUACGUACUCGGAAAAGAGCUCCAAGGAGAUAUGAUGAUGGUGGUGUCGCGCCAACAUACGCAGUUGCUGGUGUUCCAGACAUCUUUAGCCAGAUUGGGCGACUGGGUGGAAAAUCAAAAGAGGUUUGGUGGUCGAGUGAAGAAGACGCUCAUAGUGCACACACCUAUAUUCUACUUAAUUGUGAGGAUCCAUUGAUUCGUUAUUUUGAAAGCCUAUUUGUUUCACAAGUCGAAGAAACAUUCCCUGGUAUAUCCACAACUGACGUAGACAAAAGGAAAGAUCAACACUUUAUAAAGUGGUUGAAGAGUCAGGUUGAUUUUGACGACGAUGCAGAUUAUCCUAAGUGGUUACAUGAAGUAAUUCAAUCUCCACAUGUAAAGGUCACCACUUCACAGAUGUAUUUCACACGAGGCUAUACUUUUCACACAUAUGAGUAUGGUAGACAGCGGGCGACCAGUAACUAUGGAAUAUGUGUGAAAGGGGAAACCGAUUUCUACGGUAUCUUGACAGAGAUUAUCGAAGUGGAAUUUCCAGGGAUAUUGAAGCUGAAAUGCGUCCUCUUCAAAUGUGAGUGGUUCGACCCCGUCGUCAACAAAGGUGUUCGGUUUAACAAAUUCGGUGUAGUUGAUGUCAAUGGUGGACGAAGGUACAACAAAUUCUUUAUUUGGCAUACAUGAGCAGAAUAAGCUUACUUCUAU